AUGAAUAAUAUAUUAAAUAAUGUAGUGACUGACGACGAAGAAACGGAAGAUAUUUUCGGUGAUGAUAUUGUUAAUAUUGCUGCUCCUAUUAUUAAUGCUCCUAUUAAAGCAGGUAAUAAUAUUUUUAACAACAUACAUGAUGCAGUCAUCACGGAAGAAGAUCGAAACCACGAUCUUUACCUUCAACCCAGAGGUGAUCCAAAUGCUUGUAUACAAAAUUUUUAUGAAGAAGUUAUUCCAGCAUACACCGAUCAACAAUUUUAUGAGCAUUUUCGGAUGCAUCGAAACGUAUUUGAGGAGUUAGUCAGUAUAAUUGAAGCACGGAUUGCGAUCCUCAAUGCAAACCCUGAGAAUAACUCUGAUAACGACUCAGGUAUUCCAAUGCGGAAAAAAAUAUUGUUAACUAUUUGGGUUUUAGCUACACCAGACAGUUAUCGGUCCAUUGCUGAUAGAUUUGGACUAGGUAAAAGCAAAGCUCACACUUGUUUUAAAGAGAUUGUUUCAAUUUUGGCAGAUUUAAUAUCAGAGUUUGUAACAUGGCCAAAUGAAGAUUUAUUACGAGAAAUUGAACAAGUGUUUAUGGAACGGUCUCAAAAUCGAUUUCCGGGAAUCGUGGGAGCAAUAGAUGGCUGUCAUAUUCAAAUAAAGCAACCACCACACAAUGCCCAUGAUUUUUAUAAUAGAAAGGAAACCCAUUCAGUAAUUUUACAAGGAACAUGCGACCAUACAGGAAAAUUUACUGAUGUUUUAAUAGGAAGGCCAGGCCGAUGUCAUGAUGCAUCUGUAUUACAUAGCAGUGCAUUAUACCGUCGUUUGAUAGAUCCUGUUCAUCCUUUAUUGUCCAACUGUCAACAUCUGCUUGGAGAUUCCGGAUAUCCGUUAUCUACUCAUAUACUUACACCUUUUAGAGACAAUGGGCAUUUAAGUGAUCAAGAAACCCGAUAUAAUGUAGUGCAUGCUUCUUGCAGAAGUAUUAUAGAACGAGCAUUUGGUUUGUUGAAAGUAAAGUUUCGUCGAUUGUACCAUUUGGAUGUUCAAUCCGUUACAAUGGCAAAUGUUAUGAUUGCUGCUUCAUGCACUUUACAUAACUUCAAUUUAAUGCGCGGUCAAGCUAACAUUUGGGAUAACAUCAACUUCGUUAAUGAAAAUCGUGAUGAUGAUGAUCACUAUGAUGAUGAUAUUGGUGAUGAUGAUUCUGAUGGAGUUAUUAAAAGAGAUAGAAUUAUGGAGGCAAUGUAA